UUAAUAAACCGUCAAAAUGGUGUACGAAUCUCUCCUGAGUGGUGUCAAUUGCUCUCAUACUAAUGAUAACUAUCUUCUUCAGAGAUACUCUGUACGAAUAACUGUUGCUACCACUUGCUUCCUCUCUAUGAUUGGAGCAACUUUAGUCAUGCUUUCCUUCAUAUGCUUCAAGACUAUGCGCUCUCCCACUCGUCUCAUACUAUUUAACAUUGCCAUCAUGGAUUUCCUCGUCGCCUUUUCUAAUUUCUUUGGAGACGUUGGGAACUUUGAGAGCUACUACAUCAAUACCACUGCCUUGCAUUCAGCCUGUCUUAAGGACGGUGUAUAUCCGUCAGAGGAUAUGCUCCAGACCCCACCAUCUUACAUAAACUCAAUGUGUAUCUCUCAGGCAUUCCUCGCAAUGUACAGUACUCUUAGCUCUGUCCUGUGGACUAGUGGACUAGCUGUCUAUCUAUACUUCUCUAUUUCACACUCUGGUACUAGGAAAGGCCUGUUCUCUUUAGCUAUUUCAUUUAUUAUCAGUUACGUUAUGCCUCUUGGAAUUUGCCUGUGGGCUCUCUUGACUCAUAAAUUAGGAUAUUCCCCAUACAAUGCUGCCAGUUGGUGUGCACUGAUCAUAUACAAUCCUGACACUAACACUGUCGAUAAGUAUGUUGCUAUCUUUGGGUACAAUUUGUGGAUCUAUCUGACAAUAGUCCUCACUGUUGUGAUUUACAUUGGACUAAGACUGUAUCUAGCCGAUCAGGAGAAAAAGACUUCUCAGUUUGUGACUCAAAAGAAAUUCUGGGACUCUGUCCAUAACAUGGACUACAAGUUCAUGCUCAUUCCGGUCUUCUUUAUCUUGCUAAGGAUAUGGAGCUGCAUCAGUGACAUUAUGAUGUUUGCUGAUGUUGAUAUGGACGACAUACCAUCAGGAGUGACAUUGACCCUUCUUAUUUUAUCAGGUAUCGGUGACUCUGGUCAAGGAUUAAUCAAUGGUCUUCUUUUUGUUGUACUCACCAAAACAGUGAGACAGCAUAUGCUCAACGCUUUCACUUGUAGGUGGAGGAAGAUCUCUUUCACUUUCAGAAACAGUCAAGUACAGUCAGCAGAAUCACCAAGAGCAUUCUCUGAUGAGAGAACCCCUUUUUGGUCAUCAUAUGAAGAAAUCAACUAUAGCUGAUAGUUUUGAUUAUUUUUUUUAAUAUUAUUUUUGUAAAUGCUGAAUCAUUAUGGCAAUCAUUGCCAACAAACUGCUUCAUUAUAGA